GAUGGGGCGUGGGCGCUGGGAGCCCCGUCAGUCGGAUCGAGUCGCUCGGUCCUGUCAGGUCGGCGAGCGGCGGCGAUGGGCGCCGGGCGCGCCAGGCCGCCGCGGCUGCUGCUUCUUCCGCCUCCGCCUCCGACGCCCGCCUGAGAGACAUGGACGAUGAGACGGAGCCGCCGCUGCCGUCCGGAGCAGGACGGAGGCCAACGGGAGCGCCGCCGCCGCCGCCUCCCCCUCCGCCGCCGCCUCAGAAUGGUUUUUACCGGGAGCCACCUUCCGAACAUGACCCGCCUCCCGCUACGGAUGUUGAACCGAUCAACUCCCCUUCCUCCGUGCUUCCCUUGAACGCUGGCAGCGACCGGGCAGAGCAGCGCACCUGCCUGAUUUGCGGCGACCGCGCCACCGGCCUGCACUACGGCAUUAUCUCCUGCGAGGGCUGCAAAGGCUUCUUCAAGCGCAGCAUAUGCAACAAGAGGGUCUACCGGUGCAGCCGCGACAAGAACUGUGUCAUGUCCCGCAAGCAGCGCAACCGUUGCCAGUACUGCCGCCUGCUCAAGUGCUUGCAGAUGGGAAUGAACCGGAAAGCGAUCCGUGAAGACGGGAUGCCUGGAGGAAGGAACAAAAGCAUCGGACCCGUCCAGAUCUCCGAGGAGGAGAUUGAGAGGAUCAUGUCCGGGCAGGAAUUUGAAGGCGAAGCCAACAUCUCGUGGAGCAACAACGGAGACAGCGACAACAGCUCGCCCGGAAACGGGGUGUCGGAGAGCAACCAGCCCUCGCCGGUCUCUACUCCUUCUUCAAGCAGAUCCGUCGAGCUGAACGGAUUCGCUGCACUCAGGGAACAAUAUAUGGGGCCGCCGGCGCCGGCACCUUACCAGUACCUCCCGCACCUUCUGGGCUGCCCAGCUCACUCGGCCCUGCUGCCCCCACAACCCCGAAGCUUCGACCCGCAGGCCCACGGCCUCCUCAUCAGCCAGCUGGUCUCGGCCGAGGACCUGGAGCCGCUUGGCACCCCGAUGCUCAUCGAAGACGGGUACAGAGUGACUCAGUCUGAGCUCUUUGCGCUGCUGUGCCGCCUGGCCGACGAGCUGCUCUUCCGCCAGAUCGGCUGGGUCAAGAAGUUGCCGUUCUUUGGCGAGCUCUCCAUCAAAGACUACACCUGCCUGCUCAGCUCCACCUGGCAGGAACUGGUCCUCCUCUCCUCACUCACUGUCUAUGGCAAACAGAUCUUUGGGGACCUGGCAGACGUCACCGCGAAAUACUCCCCCUCCGACGACGAGCUCCACAGGUUCAGCGAAGAAGGGAUGGAGGUGAUGGAGCGUCUUAUCUACCUGUACCGCAAGUUCAGCCAGCUGAAGGUCAGCAAGGAGGAAUACGCCUGCAUGAAAGCCAUCAACUUCCUCAACCAAGAUAUCCGAGGCCUGACCAACGCCUCCCAGCUGGAGCAGUUGAACAAGAGGUGUUGGUACGUCUGCCAAGAUUUCAUGGAAUUCAAGUACCCCCAUCAGCCCAACCGCUUCCCCGAUCUGAUGAUGUGCUUGCCGGAGAUCCGAUACAUUGCAGGGAAAAUGGUGAGCGUCCCGUUGGAGCAGUUGCCUCUCCUCUUCAAGGCUGUCCUGCACUCCUGCAAGGCCGGCGUGAGCAAAGAGUGAGCAGCCUCCUUGGGAGUAAGAGGAGGAGGAGGCGGUACACGCAAUGGACGGAAUGGCUGCAGCUGGGCAGUGGGUAGCCUUGCUGUUGUGGCAGGAAUCUUUGCGGGGCCGGUUGUUUUCUCUCUCUUUCUCGUUCUUUUCACUAUUUAUUUCACGACAAAGUUGAAUGUAUAAUCUUCAACCCCCCGCGCACGGCGUUCCGUCCGAUUGCGCAGCCGCCGCGUCCUCUCGCCGUUUACAGAAUGUGAAGAUGUUUGUUAACAGUGUGGGGUUUUUUUGUAGGGUUAGACUUCUUUUUUUUACCAGGGCAAUAACUUUUAAGACUACCUCAAGGAGCAGCUGCUGUGCUCGCUCCUCUCUUUCUGUGUUCAUUCUCGGAGGCCGGAAUCUGCUCUCCCCUAGAGAAAUGCCAAGUUUUGUGGUUGCCCUCCCCCCCCCCAAAAUCUCUUCUCAGAACACCUCAAAAUACACCCUCUUGGCACUCCAGAACCAGUCGCCACUAACCCCUCACCACUAAAGCACAAGGUUGCAAGGACGAUGGCCAAGUCUUGGGAAAUUAGAAUAUUGUCGAAAAGUGCAUUUAUUUUAGGAGUGCAACUGACCGUUUUUAAUUUUCCUUUUCAUUUUGAAAGGAAUGAUAUGCCACCGGAAUUAAACUGAUAGUUACAAUCAUACAAAAAACUUUCUUUUGGAAAUGCCACUGGAAUAAAACUGAUAGUUACAAUCAUACCAAAAACUCAACAAAAGUCAACAUCGCUAUGACAUUUCAUUCAUUACACUAGCUGGCCCUGCCACGCAGUGCUGUGGCUCAUCAUUGAUUCCAUUCCAUUUAUAAUUGACCCGCCUAAUUGAAAACCAAUCGAGGCUUUGCAUUUCACGCAUCUAUCUCACAUACCGGUUUCACCUAUUCAGUUGCGCCACUGAAAUCAAGGCACUCUUCGACGAUAUUCUAAUUUUCCGAGUUUCACCUGGACAUUUUGGAGGCUUGGCAUCUUUCUAGGGGAGAUCCUGAUACAUAGGUCGGCCCAGGAAUUGCAACCGCAGAACUGAGCAUCAGGGGGAAACUCGCAGGUCCCUCUCCCCACCGCCAACCCAACCUAGAGCUUCCUUCGACCUUUGGCGUUUUGCUUUGUGUGGGGGGAAAAGGGCUCCCUUUGCUAACCCCACCACCACACUCGACGCUGCUGUUGCUGAUUCCAGCAAGCUCAAACGGGUAAACGGCCCUGCAGCGGCCAGCUCUUUUUGUGUGCGUCACAAGACUGGCAUCUGCGCCCUUUUCCUUUUCCCCAUUGCUCCAAGUAGCAUUUGUAAAAAACCCACUCCCUGCCACUUUGAAAAGCCUUCUGCUUUGACAUGAUAUACCUCAAGGGGUAGUGGGGGUAUGCAAGUGUUGCGUGUCUUGUCUGUCUGUCUGUGUCGCAAAACUAGAACCUGCUGCCUACCAGAACGAACAUUGGUGUUAUUUUUGUGUUGUGUGUUUUGCUUUAAAAGGGUGGGGUGGGGAGAGCUGUCCAAAAUACCUCCGAUUGACCUAUUAGUUACCUUCUGGUUUGCUGCUUCUACUUAGCCGGGAUUCUAUACAUUGCACAAGACUGCGGAGUCUAGCCCAGGCACCCCCAAACUGCGGCCCUCCCGAUGUUUUGGCCGACAACUCCCAUGAUCCCUAGCUGUAAUGAUGCGGGCUGCCUUCUCGCGAGUAAGACGCUCCCAACUCGGUGCCUGGUUUUGACAGAGUUUUAUUAUACAGGUGAAACUCGGAAAAUUAGAAUAUCAUCGAAAAGUGCAUUGAUUUUAGCAAUGCAAUUUCUUAUUUUUUCUUUUUCUUUUAAUUUCGACAAAGGCUUUCUUUUGGAAAUUCCACCGUAAUAAAACAAAUAGUUACAAUCAUACACAAAUCAACAUCACUAUGACAUUUCAUUCAUUACACUAGCUGGCCUGCCACGCAUUGCUGUGGCUCAUCAUUAAUUCCAAAUCGCUACAAUCAUACAAAAAUCAACAAAAAUAAACAUUGCUAUUACAUUUCAUUAAAUUAUAAUAUCUUCGAAAACUGCAUUGAUUUCAGUAAUGCAACUGAUUAUUUUUUAUUCUUCUUUCAAUUUUGACAAUGGCUUUCUUUUGGGAAUUCCACAGGAAUAAAACAAAUCGCUACAAUCAUACAAAAAUAAAAAUAAACAUUGCUAUUACAUUUCGUUAAAUAAUAAUAUCUUCGAAAACUGCAUUGAUUUCAGUAACGCAAUUGAUUAUUAUUUAUCUUUCAAUUUUGACAAAGGCUUUCUUUUGGGAAUUCCACAGUAAUAAAAAAAAUAGCUACAAUCAUACAAAAAUAAACAUCAGUAUGACAUUUUAUUAAUUACAUUCCAUUUAUAAUUGACCCAAAUAAUGACAAAUAAUGACAAUUAAAACAAAUAGUUGCAAUCAUACGAAAAUAAACAUCGCUAUGACAUUUCAUUCAUUACACUAGCUGGCCCUGCCACCCGUUACUGUGGCUCAUUAAUCCCAUUCCAUUUAUAAUUGACCCCCCUAACGACAAAUAAUUACAAUUACAAGAAAUCAAGGCUUGACACAUCUUGCUUUGCAUGUCACGCAUCUAUUUUAUAGAUUGGUUUCACCUUUUAAGUUGCGCUACUGAAAUAAAUGCAUUCAUUUUUCGACGAUAUUCACCUUAUAAGCUGCGCUACUGAAAUCAAUGGACUUUUCGACGAUAUUCUAAUUUUCCGAGUUUCCCCUGGGCUUUAUUCGGUCGCAGGCCAGCAUAAGCAAAACAUUUCAAUAAAUAGCAGAACAAUAGGAAUCAUAAGCAAAUAAUUAGGAAAUAAAUGGGGGCCAAAACCAACCAUAGAGUAAAACAUAAAAUACUGAAUUAAGCAUAGAUAAUGGGUGGAUAAAAGUAAUUAGAGGGAUUAAAGGACUCCUUCAACAGCUAUAAGGGAUGGGGCUUCAAUAAUUCAGACCAAACAAUCUGGGUCAUGUUAGGACUGAUUUGUAACAUAGACCAUCCUUCGACCAAUAUCUGUCACGGCAGCGCAGAAUCUGGCGACUGAAUACUGUAUUUUUCGCCCCAUAAGACACACUUUUUACGCUCCUAAAAAGUAAGAGGAACUAUCUGCGUUUUAUGGAGCGAAUAUGUGGUCCCUGGAGCCGAAUUGCCCACGGGAGAAAAGCAGAUCGUGCUUUUUGGGGGGGGGAGCUAAAGGCUAACAAGAGGGAAAGAGGGAGUUGAAAGGAAGCCGCUCACCGCUCAGCAGCUGAUUGCAAGAGAUCGGGAGGGAGAUAAGGGACGCUAGCUCCCCUUCCCAGCCCCACCCCCUUGCCCAGGCCUCCAUUGUUGAAUGUUCUGCAGAGGCUGUUUGUUUCCCCAGGCUUAUUUGAUUAUCUGUCUGGAAACUGUAGAAAUGGCUCCCUUUCCUAGAGAAGCUGCAGAACUGUGAGUUGAACCCCAUAAAAACAGGAUUUUUUCCCUUUGCAAGGUAAGCUCAGCAACUUUGAGCUGAUCCUCCAAAAUGGAGCUUUCCCCCUUUGCAAAAAAGCUGCAACUGUGAGCUGACCCCCCCCCCAAAAAACAGGGCUUUUCCCAUUUGCAAAAGAAGCUGCACAUCUUUGAGCUGAUGCUUAAAACAAAAACGGCUUUCCCCCUUUCCUCCUCUAAAAAUUAGCUGCAUCUUAUUGAGCGAAAUAGGGAGACGUGUUGUUCUGAAGCCUCUAUUUAAUGUCUGGGAGCAGGGUGAGGCCGACUGAAUCCAGGCGCACACGCCAAAGGCUAAUGCAGCGAGCCAGGAGGUAACUUGGGCUGUCAUUAAUUUCUCGUGCAACCAAGCCCAACGAUGGCUUGUUUGGUUUUGAAAACAGGGUAAAAGUGAAUGUAUAAUGCUUUGCAGACUCAGGUAUUAUGUGAAGAAAAUAGGAACCGUAGCUUUAGAGACGUAGGGACCAUAGUAGGUCGCUCGCUUAGAUGGACUGGCGGAUUUGGUUUGAAGGACACCGUACAAAGGUUGGAAUUCUCUCUCAACGCUGUCUUUUGUUUGGCGGUCGUUUUGCAAAAACAAAAGGGGGAACUGUAUAAUAACACAGGUGAAACGGGGGAAAUGAGAAUAUCGAAAAGUGCAUUUAUUUCAGUAACACAACUUCUUAUUUUUCCGUUUUAUUUUAAUUUUGAAAAAUGCUUCCUUAUGGCAAUCCCACCGUAAUAAAACAAAUAGUUACAAUCAUACACAAAUCAACAUCACUAUGACAUUUCAUUCAUUACCCUAGCUGGCGCUGCUAUGCGUUGCUGUGGCUCAACAUUAAUUCCAUUCCAUGUACAGGUGAAACUCUGAUAAUUAGAAUAUCGUCGAAAAGUGCAUUGAUUUCUGGAAUGCAAUUUCUUAUUUUUUAGUUUUCUUUAAUUUUGACAAAUACUUCCUUUUGGAAUCCCACCGUAAUAAAACAAAAAUUUCACCUUUAAAGUUGCGUUACUGAAAUAAAUGCACUUUUCGAUGAUAUUCCAAUUUUCCGAGUUUCACCUGUAUAUCGAAAUAAAGAGCAUGUCAGUAAAAUUCCCAAAAUGGCAACAGUCCCAACAAUUUGGCAAACACAGAAUACAGGUGAAACUCGAAAAAUCUGCGAAAAGUGCAUUUAUUUCAGUAACGCAACUUCUUAUUUUUUAGUAUUCUUUAAUUUUGACAAAUGCUUCCUUUUGGAAACCCCACCGUAAUGAAACAAAUAGUUACAAUCAUACAAAAAUCAACAAAAAUUAAACACCGCUAUGACAUUUAAUUAAUUACACUAGCUGGCCCUGCCACACGUUGCUGUGGUUCAUCGUUAAUUCCAUUCCAUUUAUAAUUGACCCGCCUAACGACAAAGAAUGACAAUGACAACCAAUCAAGGCUUGACAUAUCUUGCUUUGCAUGUCACGCAUCUCUCUCCUAGAUUGGUUUCCCCUUUUAAGUUGCACCACUGAAAUCAAGGCACUUUUCCACGAUAUUCUAAUUUUCCGAGUUUCGCCUAUACGUUUACUGCUUUUCCGCAGUGAACUGAGCCCAAAGCGGCUUACAGUAUACCAAAUACAUACUGAAAUAAAGAGCACGUCAGUCAAAUUCCCUAAAUGGCAACAGUCCCAACAAUUUGGCAAACGCAGAAUAAAUUCAAUCAUCCCCCCCCCCCCAAUAUACCUAGGCUUAUUAAGUACACAAAUACAAAACAGAAAUGGAAGUUUACCGACAAUAAAGUUUCUUCUAAGGAGCCUGGCUUAAUGCAGCUUGGCGGUGAGGGGCAGGUGACAUACAGGUGAAACUCUGAGAACCAGGCUGACCCACAGCGCAAGCUUCUUGGGGACACUGCGGCCAGGAAGCCAAGUUGCCAUCCUUCUCCCUUUCCCCCUUCUUCCCGAGCUGACAUUCCCCUUUUGCCAUUCAGCGGCAGUCCUUCAAACCAACAUUUCCUCUUGUGUUUUGUUUUGUUGCUGUUUAUAAUAAACUUGAACUUUUUUUAACCUUUUAAUAAAUAUUUUAUUUCUAAAUAGGAAAAAACAACCAAAAAAGGUUGUGGGGUGGAGGGAGAGCCAUCGAUACCCCCUAUCCCCCAACCAACCAACCACCCCACCCAAGCCCCUUGGCCAGGGGUCCCCAAAGUUACCUCGCCGAGGGCCGGUGACAUCAGCGCCAAGCACGCGCCCAUAUGCGGUCGCCUGAACACCGCUUGUGCCCAUGUGCACGGGCCUCCUCCGGACAUGCGCCGGAAAGGAUGCCUGCCCAUGUGCACGAGCUAUUGACGGUGCUCCCGGUGACCUGGGCGGGGGUUGCCAGGGGCCGGAUAAAUAUGCCUCGUGGGCCGUAGUCUGGGGAACCCUGCUCUACCAGCUCUGCAACUACGAGUCUGUAGAGACCAGGAGGGCCGUGGAAUUCCCUUCUUCCUCGGCCUCUGACAUGGCAGAAGGGGAAGAGGGUGAUGGGGGUGGUAACUGAAGUUAUGACGCGGGUAUUUUUUUGUAUCUCUGGUGAUGCUAGUCCAAAGGAACGCUCCGUCUUGCGGCAGCAACCUGCGGGGGGGUUUCUAUGGGUUCUCUGCGCGCCCCUUGUGCCGCGCGCAGAAGCUCAGGGAUAUGUAUUUAAACUGAACCCAGGGAAACCCUCCCCCCCUGCUGCAAGAAGCCCCUGUCUGGACUUGAACCCGCCCCACUCAGGGCACCCAUUGACCUCAACUGAGCCGCCUUUGCGAUAUGGACGCGUUUGUUCUUUCUUUCGUAUGAAAAUGUUUGUUUGUACUAGUUGGCCGAUAACUUUAUUGACUCAAGUUUCCAUAACAAAACUACCUCUUCUCGUGGGACAUCCUGUUUUAUCGUCUCAAAAGGGAUUGUGGGGGGGGGG